AUUGUGCCAUCUGUCUGUUUGUCAAAAACACGUACAAAUGUGAAGAAAUGACCAGAGGAUCCUCCAAACAUCAGCAAACCCACUGAUUACCAAGCAGAAACAGUCAGCUGACAGAAGGAGCUUCCCCUCCUUAUAUAAUGGUUCCUAUACAGAAGAAGAAGAGUCUAUUGCACCUCAGCUGACACCUCUGUGACACAUUCAGUGGAGUGCUGUUGCUGUCAUUCCCACUGGAAGGCCACCGUGAACUGUACUAUCUGAGCCCCAGCAGAGGGAAAGUCGUCCUGUGCAGCAGGAGUGGGAGUGUCAGCAACAGGAAACACAGAGACAGGAGGCUCUGAAUGUUUUACAGGUUUAACUCGCUGAGCAUGGCUUCAGUCAAGUAUUCACCUUGCAGGCUAGAUGAGAGCUCUCAGGAAAUGAGGAGUUACUCUGAAGUGAAGCAGAGCAGCUAUUCCAAAUGACUGGACCUCUGUGGUUCUGCGUUCUGCAGAGCUAUGAAGUGAGAACAUGCUGAGAGUGUGAAACAGCAGCAUCCAGGAGGGCAAGUACAACUCCCUAAAAUGUGAUGGAUCCUUCCCUAAGAAGAAAUGGAAUACUGCAGAGACAAGAUGCAUCCGACACUGACCUCCCUAUGCCUCUUACUGAGGAUCCACUUUCAAAGCAUGAUUAUGAGGACAUUGAUGUUUGUCCUGAGGAUGAUGAAGCACAAUUGUAUGAACUCAGCCGGAGUGCAUCCCAACCCGAACCCCCAGGUCCUCUCUUGGUGGACAGAGGAGCAGGUUCGGGUAAUACAGUCCAAAAGAGCAAAAAAGAGCCUCCACCGGUACCCAAACGCCCCCCUGCACUCAGAACCAGACUUCCCAGUGCAUGUUUGGCAGUUACACAACAUGCUCCCCCUCCUGUGCCCCCCAGGACACGACUGCCCAUCAGCAGCAACAAAAAGCAGUUUUCCUUUGACCUGUCCGAGCCUGUUCAUAAACUGAACCGUUCAAGGACAGAAGUAGAGAAUCAGGACCCAUGGGCCAUCGGUCUCAUCGACACUCCAGAGGGCAGCACCAAGAGUCUGGCUUCAUUUUGCACUGCGACUUCCAACCUGCUGUCCCGGUACAAUCACACAGACAGUGUUCAUAACCCUGGUGUGGUAUGGGCUCGUGUUUUACACAUCCACCCUGCUCUGCUGCUGCAGGUGAAGGUAAACGUCAGUGUGGCCAGAGACUGGGACAAUCACCAGCUCCCAUUCCCCACCUCAGUGAACAGGACAGUGAGGACUCUGAUUGAUGAGGUCUUCCAGCUGUUGGACAUCACUCCCAGCAGGAGUGAGAACUAUGUUUUAAAACUGUGCGACUCUGAUGAGUACCUCCAAAAUGAGGAACUGCUGGGUAUGCAUGAGAUUAUCCAGAAGUCCUGCAAGCUUGAACUUGAAGUCUCUCUCCGGCUUCUCCAUGUGAACAACCUCAGACACUGCCUGCCCAGGGAUGAGGACGAUGACAGAACCUCAUGUCAACUGUACCCACUCCUACGUCCCGCCUGUGUGCACAACACCUGCAAGUUGAGCCUGCAGGAUGUUCUCGGCAGCUACAACAGAGAGGCGACAGAGCUACUGAGAAGUAAGACUGGGAUGAACGCUAAUGUGCUCGCUGGCUGUGUUCGCACCAUCAGCAAUCUCCUGUGUGGGCUUUCAUGUCCCGAAUUAGAGGACGCAAUUGGGAGACUAAACAGAAUCAAUCCCAUACCUCUGAGUCAUGAUGAAAUGACUGAGUGUGAAACUGCAAUGAUCAUGCUCCACCAGUCGCUGCUAAAAGUCCUUCAGAUCUUUUUCGACAACUUCCAGUCAGACUUCAGAUGUCAGAGGGUAACCAGCAACCCAAAAACCCUCGACGUUCAGUUCAGCACUGAUAUCUUCCAAUUCAGUAUUGCUGCUCUCUACCAACUGCACCUCUCAUGGAUGGCCAAUUAUGAGUUCUUCUCCGUCUCCUGUGAGUUGACGUACGGAGGAACAAAGGUCUGUGACACUGGCAAUUCUGAAAAUAUCAGCACCGCCUUGUCGAUCGGAAACAAGAUCAAGUGCAAUCGCAUGAUGGUUUUUCCUGUCCCAGUGAAUCAGCUCCCAUAUGAAUGCAUGUUGACGUUUAGACUCAAGGGCUCAAAGCGAGGCAAAACCCCAGAGCUUUUAGGCUGGGCUGCGCUACCUCUUUACAAAGACAGGAGUCUGGUUAUGGGGACCGUUCUGCUCAGCUUGUCCCUGCUGGCUGAGCUUCCUUCUCCUCCGUCUCCUGCCCUCUUUGACGGCCACAGACAAGCAACCGGUGUCAUAAUGCAGCUUGAGUUUGAAGAUCAGACAGAGUGGAGGUAUCAGAGGCCCAUCGCACUCCCUGGCUCAGCCAUUUUUACUCAACCCUGUGAGGAGUUGCAAAAAAAAAUGCUGGAUGUUUCUAAGAAACACUGCCUCUGCUUUCUUACACCAAAUGAGAAGUCUUUCCUCUGGACGAAGCGUUACUGUAGUGACAAAGCCAGCACUUUCCUCCACCUGCUGCUGGGUGGAGCCCCCCAAUGGCAGCCAGAAGACUUGACAGAAAUCUACACGAUUGUGGAAAACUGGCCCAUCCAUCAACCUGAAGAGGCCCUCUUCCUGCUCAGUAACAGUUUUCAUGAUCAAACUGUGAGGAGAGCAGCGGUUCAGUUCUUUGAGCAGAUACCAGAUGGGGAGCUGGAGCUCUUUCUGCCACAGCUGGUCCAGGCUCUUAAGAGUGAGUGGAAGUUGGAUGGAGCUCUGGUGAUGAUGCUUUUGGAGAGAUCCCUGAAGAGCAUACGGAUCGCCCAGCAGCUCUACUGGCUCCUGGAGGAUGCCCACAAUGACCCAUACUAUCAGAGCUGGUUCAGUAAGGUUCAGGCAGCCCUGCAGCACUGCUGUGGUCGGGCACUGAGACAGGAGCUGGAGCUAGAAACCCGCCUGGUGUCUGUCCUCAUGCAGGUGGCUGAGAAGGUCCGAACUGCUGAAAAGGCUCGACGUAAGAAUAUUUUAAUGAAAGAGAAACUGAAGAUCAAUAACUUCUUCAAAGAUGGGAUCAGCUGCUGUCUACCUCUGGAUCCCGCUGUACAUAUUAAAGCAUUGGACGUGGAUGCCUGCAGGUUUUACAACUCAAAUGCUGCUCCUCUGGGGAUCUUCAUCUGCUCUGAUCCUCUGGCGAAGAAUGUCAGUGUCAUCUGCAAGACGGGAGACAACCUGCAGCAGGACAUGCUGGUUCUUCAGAUCGUCCGUGUGAUGGACAGGAUUUGGCUCCAGGAGGGGCUGGACAUGCAAAUGAUCAUCUACAGAUGUCUCUCUACAGGCAGAGCUCAGGGCUUGAUGGAGUUGGUUCCAGAAGCAGUGACACUGGGGAAAAUUCACCAGGAGUGGGGUUUAGGUGGCACCCUGCGAGAGGACACUUUGGAGAAAUGGUUCCACAUGUGGAACAGAACUAAGGAGGACUAUGAAAAGGCUGUGAAUAACUUCCUUCAGUCAUGUGCAGGGUGGUGUGUUGCCACCUUUAUUCUUGGGAUCUGCGACCGCCACAAUGACAACAUCAUGUUGAAACACAGUGGACACAUGUUUCACAUCGACUUUGGCAAGAUUAUGGGCAACGCACAGAAGUUUGGAAGUUUUAAAAGAGACCGAUCCCCAUUCAUCUUCACAUCUGAGAUGCAGCACUUCAUCACAGGUGGGGGACAGAAGCCUCAACGCCUGCAUCGCUUUGUGGAGGUUUGCUGUGAAGCUUACAACAUCAUCAGAAGGCGCUCUGCCCUGAUACUCAGCCUGCUGGAGCUGAUGCUAUGUGCAGGAAUGCCAGAGCUGAAAGACUCCAAUGACCUGCAGUACGUCCAGAACAACCUGAGACCUCAUGACACCGACCUGGAAGCCACAUCCUACUUUACAAAGAAGAUAAAGGAAAGCAUGGGGUGUGUUGCAGUCAAGUUUAACUUCCUGACACAUGCUAUGGCUCAAGGGAAGAAACCAGAACCACAUACCCGGGAUGGCAACCCGGCUCCCAGCACCAACAUCCAAGAAGCAGUCAUACAGGGAUACUCCAGCAAGACAAAAGAUGUGAUCUAUGACCUGAGAGUAACCAUCCAUGACGGUUAUCUGAACAGAGAAAAGACUUAUGGGCAGUUUGAGCUGAUCCAUAAACAGCUGCAGAAAUACUUCAUCGAAUCUAUGCUGCCUCAGUUUCCAAGCUGGUAUCAGAUGUCAUUCACCCCGUCCAGGAGGAUGUCUCUGCUGAAUAAAUACCUAAAACAGCUUUUUGAAGGACCCUGCAAGGGAAAUGAAUAUGUGUGCAGCUUGUUCCUGGACGGCCCCAGUAUCAUGCAAGACGCAGUAGUGACAGGAGCCUGUCCUCAGAUCCAACUCUACAUUUCUUACUCUGACUGUAAGCUCGCAGUUUUGGUAAAGCACCUGAAAAACAUUAAACUUGCAAACGGCUCUAACCCUGACGCCUACGUGGUCACACACCUGAGACCAGACCCUCAGCAGCGCUCUAAGAAGAAGACUAAAGUGGUCCGCAAUAAUGACAACCCGACCUUCAAUGAACUGCUGGAGUACAGUAAUGUCCCCAUGCUGUAUGGGAUGGUACUGGAAGUAACCGUGAAAAGCAAGAAGAAUUUUGUGGCUGCAACCAACAUAAGGCUGGAGAAGGAAAGGCUUGACAAGGAAAUCUGGUUUCCCCUUGGAAACUGCGCAAUCUAACCUCAGAGAGGUGCACUUAAUGCCCCCUGCCAGCAGAGGGGGCAAAGACUCUGAGUACAGAAAUGACCAAAGCUCUCUCAGACUGGGAGAGAGAGAGAGAGAGAGAGAAGGAACUGUGUACUGAACAUAUGAACAUAUUUAUAAGAUGAAACUUCACCUCAGUUCAGACCUUAAGAUGCUGGCAGUGGAUGAAGAGUGUGGAUGAUGUUAGACUUCUUACUGCGUGAGCUUCUUGUAACUUAUGUGCCUGCUUUUAAAUAUUGAUCAAAUGAAAAACAUUUGUCGAUUUGAUUUUUAACCUUGAUGAUGGAUGAAGGAAAAACAAUAACUUUUGUUAGCAUAUUUGCACUUCAUUUUUUACUUCAAACUCUGUGUUCUUCACUGUGAGUCUAAACAGUCCCUGUAAAUGUGUUUGUGUGAGACUAUACGUAGAUGUGAGAGAUCAAACACAAGACGGUGUUUUGCUGCUAAAAGCUGAACAUCUCAUACCUGCCUAGACCCAGCAUGUUUGUUCCUUUGGGCUGUGUCGCCCUUGACCAGUGAAAUCAGAGCAGGGAGACAGGAGGAGGAGGGUGAGUCGGGGGGAGAGGGUUGAGGUGAGUGUGUGAGCGGGAUGACAACUCUGCCUCUCUGGCCUGAGGGACUGAGUUAACACUCUCCCUCUCGCUCCAUCUUUUUGUCUUCUCCAUCAGUGGCUCUCAAGCACAGUUAUGCACAUGCAUGCACACACAGGCGGAGGCAGACACUCACCUGUCCACACAAAAUACACCUGAAAAAUUCACCUCCACACACACACUGACGCACACUCACACACAGCCUCUUUCCAGGACUAAGGCUGGUCUUCAUGUUAUCUUAAUGCCGUCCUCGUCCUGACAGGCCCGCUGACCUGUACUCUCAUCCGCCUCAUUGACAGGAUUUAGUGAGGAUAAAUUUAGACUGCCCUGCACUGGAUUCGGUUCAAUUAUGUAUACCUCUUUGAAUGCUAUUUACAUUAUACCCUGCUGAGGCUCUCACAGGGAGACAGGCUUGGAAGGAAACACUGGCUGCUACUCGUUCCUAGUACUACUCAUGGACUAUUUAUGUAUCCUGGCAUCACUCACCAGCUCCAGAUCUAAGAGAAGGAUUACAUCUAUUGUUUUUAGAUGAAUGAUGAUUAAUCUAAUAACACUAUGUGAUGUGCUUGGAUAAUAUCAACUCUCCCGCAACAAUCACACUUGCAUCUAUUAUUAAUUCUAUUAUAAGAGCCUAAUAUCCUACUCCUGGGAUUGCUCCAUUUCUUUAUUUUCUCUUCAUCUUUUCAGCCCUGUUGGAACCCGUUGGUCUUUUCCUCUGCAGCACAGGGGAGAAAAAGCAUGUGUAUUUCCUGACAAUAAAAGUAGUAUUUAUACAUAA